AUGGCCUCCCACAAGCAAAGCUUUCAAUGCUUUGACACCAUCACUGAUGACCCAUCUCCCAAGCCCCCUUUCCCCCAUGGACACUGCUCCUCAGCGUCCUUCAGGGGCCCAUCCGGCUCGACUAGACUGGAGCCGCCUGAAGAUCAUGGAUGCUAUCUCUGUGCCGAUCACCAGCAGGCCAAGGCGAUGGCUUCAGAGGCCUCAGGAGCUUACUCGAACCCAUGGUAUCAUUUCCCGACACAUCCGCACUCUCAGCAGUACGCAGUCCGGAGGCCCGCUCGACCUGAGGAAGCUCCUGGGCAGGUUGAAGAUCCCCACCAUCACCACCAUCACAGGCACUCCAGGAAGAUUGUGCUCGUGAAGAACAGCGACCCCUCUGUCCGGAGGACCAUCGUGCUUCAUCGCAGGAGCCUGCGCAGCCUGGCGCUCUUCAUGGAUGAGGUUUCUGAACUCAUGCAAUGUCUCAUCAGGAAGCUCUACACACUGGAAGGCUUCAAGAUUGACAGUGUGCAAAGUCUGCUGCAGUGCCCAAGCAUUUUAGUUUGUGUGGGACGGGAGCCUUUCCACCCACUUCUGUUGGCCAGCUUCAGGAAGAACUCUUACGACAAACUUCCAAGGCUAAACACAAAACAACGCUCUAGUGUCUGCAGUGAUGAAAAGGGGGCCAAGAAAAAUGUCAACUUUGGACUCGAAACUAAGAGAAACGUCGUCCAUCCGGGUUGUGAUUCAAGCAACAGAUCAGCAAGACUAUCAAUCUCAUCUGAAAAGCUGUUUCCCACUGGACUUAACCCAUUACCACCAGGGCACAGAGGUGAUUGUCCUCAUCCAGGAGAAAAUACGAUGGAUGAUGACAUUGAAAAGCGAGUUCUGGUCAACAAGGAUGGAAGCCUGUCAAUGGAAAUGAAAGUGCGCUUCCGACUUUUACACAACGAGACACUGCACUGGUCCACAGAAGUGAAGAAGGCAAAGAGCUCUUUCAAUGAAUCCCAUAUUGUAUCCGAUGAUGCUUGUUCUCUCUCACAUGGCAGUGCAGAGAGCUGCUCAGAAGCUGAUUCUCUCUCUGCUGGUGAAGCAGAUGAGACAUACAGCACCAAACGUUACCAGAGACACUUUGAGGAGCCACAUUGCCAGCACUGCUGCGCUCACUGUCAGGAAUAUGAUAUCUGGAAGAAUCCUGUACCUCCUAAUCAAGGAUCUGUAAGACGCAUCAGAUCCUCAAGCUCAAGUGCAUCCUCGCGGAGAAUAGUCUGCAAAAAGGCAUCUACUGACAGCAUGCACACAAUGUCCAGUGAGGAGUACACCGAGCAUGUAGUGGAAAAGGCAACUUGCAUUCAACGGACUUUCGGGCAGCAGGGCGACUCCACAGUUGAACAAUGUACCAUCAACCAUUGCCACAGUCGAAGUGAAGUUCGCUCAAUGUCCCCUAAAACAAAGAGCACAGAAGACAAGCCUGAAAACACCCAUGUAUCUGAAAAUGAUGAAAACAGACCUGAUGUCAUAUCCUCUAAUCUCCCCAAAGAUCAAUUAAGUGUUCAGAUUACUCAGCCAGUGGAAGAAGAGGAGAGGCCUGUGUCUGUUGUAAGUUCUUCUUCUCAAAUUUUAGCAUCGUUGAAGGAGGAUCAAGAUGAUGAAGAUGUUGGCCAACAGGAAGAUGAGGGGGGGAAAGAUGCAGAACCAAACCCAUGUUCUGGUACUCCCUGUAAAUCUCCUGCACAUUUGUCACCAAGGCCACCAAGCAAAGCUUCAUCUUUAGGACGGUCUAAAAGAUCCAGAAAGUUGGUCAGUCUGGAAGUAGAUGAUGAAGAGGUCAUGUCUGAAGCAUCUGCUUCUCCCAAAACGUCUUCUGCACCCAAAAAUUCAAAAGUCACAAAAUACUUAGCAUCUCCAGGAGAUUCUGAAUCAGAUAAUCAACCAGAAGAUAUUGAACACACAACUGAUGUGCAAGAUGGGGAACAAGAAGAAAGGGCACUAAGUGCACUGUCAGCCAAGUCAAAAACUUCUGUGAAGUCACUGUCUGAGUUGUCAGCCUCUUGUGAGAAUGAAAAUAUUGCUGAAUGUGCUGAAGAAAAGAGUGAAAUAAUAGAGGAGCGAUCCUCGAGUGCUAUCUCUGGAAAAUCUAAUAAAUCCAAUGUUUCAGAGGUGCUUGAAAAGGAUGGAAGACCACCCAGUGCCAUGUCUCAGAAAUCUGACAAAUCAAGAAAAACUGACAUCUCAGACAAUGUGUCUGAGGAACAAAUCUCUGAAGUAAGAACAUCAAGUGCUAUGUCUGUUAAGUCAAAUAUAUCUGUAAGGUCAAAAGUAUCAGAUAUUGGCUUUGUUGAGGCUUUACAAGACAAUGUAUUAGAAGAAAUAAUUGAUGAAAAAGCUUUAAGUGUUAAAUCUGGAACAUCAAACAAGUCUGGAAUCAAAGAGGUAACAAAUGAUGAUCAAACAGUGGAGAGGGCUCCCAGCUCCAUUUCAAUAAAAUCAAAUAUUUCAGCAAGAUCUAAAAUGUCAAUUGAGCUGACCGAGCUUGAAGAUCAAGACCGGGCCCCCAGCAGCAUUUCUGUUAAAUCAAAUGUCUCACAUAACUCAAAGUCUGACAUUUCAGAAGCAGCAUCUUUCCAAGGGGAUGUAUCUUUAAAUUCAUUGAAAUUAAACACACCUGAAGCUGAAGCAGCUCCUCAAACAGAGCUACCAGGGGAGAGAUCACCAAGCUCUGUGUCUUUAAAAUCAAAUAUCUCUGAAAGAUCUAGAACAUCCAAAAAUGUUGAGGUAGACCAAGAUGAAGCACAGAAAAAAGAUAAUGUUCAGGAAAGAGCAUCAAGUGCUAUUUCGGUAAAGUCUACUACAUCUGCGAGAUCAAGGAAAUCCGAAACAACACCAAAACCAGGAGAAGAGAUUAAGGAACGAGCUCCUAGUGUUAUGUCAGUCAAAUCAAAUGCUUCCUUAAAAUCGAAUAAGUCCAAGAUAAAGGAGGAGGAAAUGGAAAACAGAGCCUCUAGUGCUUUGUCUGUUAAAUCUGAAGGUUCCACAUUGUCAAAAAAAUCAACUCAGUCAGACAUAGUGCAAAUGGAGAAAAGACCAUCAAGUGCAAUAUCAGCUAAAUCAAACGUUUCUGUAAUAUCUACAGGGUCGAACAUGUCAGAGAUGGCAAGUGCAGCAGCAUUGCACACCUUUGAAACAUCAAAUGAAUGCAGCACAGCACCAAAAGGAACCUGUAAAGACACAGAGAAGUCAGCAGACAAAGAGAAAAGAGCACCAAGUGCAUUGUCAACAAAAUCCAAUAACUCGGCUAAAUCCGCUAAAUCCAAAAUAUCUGAAAUGGCCAAUGAUAUUGUACCUGGAGAUAGAGAUGAUUUAAGAUCUGCAAGUGCAAUGUCCUCUAAAUCAAAUGUAUCUGUAAAAUCCGCAGUCUCCGAAUUGGCGACAGAAGAGCCUUUAGAAGCACAGGACCAAACAGAAGAACGGGCUCAAAGUGCAUUAUCAGUACAAUCCAAUCAGUCAGGAGUGACUGUAAGCAAGGGUGUUGAUGUUGCAGAAGAACGAGCACUGAGUGCCAUGUCUUCUAAAUCCAAUGCUUCUGAAAGAUCAAAGAAAUCCAGUAAUUUGAAAGUGCCAACUGCUUUGCCUCAAGCAGCAGAAUACCAAACAGAGGAACGAGCUCAGAGCGCACUGUCAGCUAGAUCAAGUGUUUCAACAAGAUCCAAUAAGUCCAAAAUUUCAGAUGUUUUAGCUGAUGAGCUUGUUGAUGUCAAAGACCAAGAAGAAGAGAGAGCUUCAAGUGCUUUGUCUGCAAAAUCCGGCAUUUCCACAAAGUCAAAGAAGUCAAAUGCUUCUGCAACAGAAAUCAAACCUUCUGACACAGAAAAAGGUGACAGAGUACCAAGUGUGAUGUCAGGAAGAUCUGAUAUUUCUACUAAAACCAGUAUCUCUGCAAAAUCCAAAGCAUCAAAAGUUUCAGAAGUACCACCAGUAGAGCAUGAUAAUGAAGCAAAUGAAGUAAAAGCACCAAGCAUUACUAAAUCCAGUAUUUCAGUAAGAUCAAAUAAAUCAAAGCAUUCGGAAAUUGCUGCUGAAGAAGAGGCUCAGAACAUAGAGAGACCUCCAAGUGCAAUUUCAGUAAUAACUGAUGCCACACAUGAUGAAAAUGAAAUCACAAAUGAUGGUGAGAUCCAAGAAAGGGCUCCAAGUGCUGCAUCUGCAAAAUCACGUUCCUCUGUAAGAUCCAGAACAUCAAAGGUCUCUGAAAUAAUCAUAGAUGAACCAGAAAAACAAAAAGUAGAUAGGGUAGCAAGUUCUAGGUCAUUGAAAUCUGAUGCAUCUGGAAGAUCCGGGCCAGAUGACCCUGUCAAUGAAGAAAAGGGAGCAAGAACAGAAAGUGCUUUGUCCACAAAUUCUGUAAGAUCAAAGAAGUCAGGAAAUUCUGAGAUAAUCAGAAAUGUGGAGCAGAGAGCAUCAAGUACAGCAUCAGUUACAUCUAAAACAUCUGCAAGAUCUAAAAGGUCAAAUAUUUCAGUUGUUGCAUCUAAAGAAAUUGUAAACACAGAUGUCCGAGCAUCAAGUGCAAUGUCUGCAAAAUCUUGGGCAUCUGAGAAAUCAAAAUGUUCAGAAAUAGCUACUGAGAAGAAUGAAGAAGCAAAUAAAGUGGUAGACAGAACAACCAGCCCUUUGUCUGUGAAGUCAAAUUCAUCCAUAACAUCUGAUGCCACUGUUAAAUCAAGUGCUGUGCCUACUAAAUCAAAUGCUUCUGCAAAAUCCCUCCUCUCAGAAGCUGAAGAGAUUGACAGAAGAUCAACAAGUGUGGCCUCUAAUGCAUCUGAGGAAACUAAAAUGUCUAAAGCAGACACAAACACAAAAGUAAACUGUUCACCAAGCAAACUGUCAGUUAAAUCAAAUGUAUCUACAAGAUCCAAGAAGUCUAAAGUUUCUGAAGGUGAGGACCAUACACUCACAAACACUGAAGAUACAGAAUUAAACCAAGAUGAGAGUCUGUUGUCCGAUCACUCAAAAGUAUCUCAAACAGACAACUCAAAUGAAUGUAUUUGUGGUGCAUUAAACAAACCAUCAAGUCCAGUGGCUUCUUCGGAAAAAGACUUUGACCAUGAAGAGGUACCUGCAAGCCCUCUGUCUAAAAAGUCAACAAAGUCCAAGGUCAGUUCAGUUGGUUCUGUCUCUGAACGAGUUUUAACACCCACAAGCACAUCAGUUUCUAUUGGGAUUGUUGAAGACCAUGAAGCUGAUGAUGUUGAGGAAAUCGAUGGAGGUGCGGUUUCAAUUAAUUCAAGAAUAUCUGUUUCAUCAAAGACUGGAAUAUGUGGUGAAUCUGACCAGUGUUUGUCAGAAUCAACCGUACAAAUCACAAAUGAAGCAAUACAGACACCAGAGGAAAGACCUAAAAGUUUAACUUCAGCCAAAUCAAAUGUCUCUGUCAAAUCAAAGUCCAAAAGCUCUCACUGUGGCUCUACAUGUCCUACAGACACAAUUCAGGACAGAGAUGAUGUAGCAAGCAAUGAAUCCUCGAAAAAAAAGUAUUUAAUGACAUCUGAAAACCAAACAUCAGCUAGCAGUUCAGUAAGGCAGAGCUCCCAAGAGAUUCGCCCAUCUAGCAAAGCUUCUGAUGUAUCAGUACACACUGAACUAGCAGGUCAAGAGAAAGCUGAAAGUCUAGAUGUUACCCAUAAAUCUCAAAGUGUCUGUUCAAAAUGCAGGUCUACAGAACAGAAAGGAAAAAUUUCACCUGCUUCAAGUGCCUCAGCAAUCUCAAACUCUAAAAAAUCCAAAACUAAAGAAGGAAAUACUGCAGAAAUGACAGACAGACCAAAGAGUAACAUGUCCAGUUCAUCAUCUCAUUUGAAAGUAAAUGGUCAAAAGAAUGACAAAGCUACAGUUAAUGAAAAAAGCAAUACAUUAAACACUGAGUCGACACAGAAAGUUGAAGACAAUGCGCCCAAGUGUCAUUCAACAACUUCUGUUACCUCAGGUAACCUUCUAAGCCCCAGCCGACUAAAAUCUCCUAAAAAAUCCAAAAAACCUGUUAUUCUACUUGGCAGGUCUAAUGAUAGCAUAUUAUCGCAGACUGUUCCUGAUCCAGAACCAAAAGAAGAAUAUACUGACCAUUUGAAUGCAACAGCAGAAAAACCUCAGUCUUGUAGAUCAGAUACAAAUGUCAGUGAAAUUAAAAGUGAAAAAAGUAGCAAAUGUAGGAAAAGAAUCGGAAGUGGCUCUUCUUGCCACAAGAUGGAUGAUGACAUGUCUGAGCUGAGUCCUUCUUGCUUGCCAAAUGCUUCUCCAACUGAGGUGGUGAAUGAAUGGCUGAGGAAAAUCCCAUCAGACACUACCUUGUGUGAUUUGGGGGAUGAAUUCCAUGACAAUUAUGAUUCGAUAGAGCCACUAUCACAUGUGCCAUCAGGAGAUGAUAAUGAGCAAGGAAGUUUGCAGCCAAGUGAGGGUACCAAGACUGAAAGACAUAAUGAAAUGGAAGAUGCUCAUGUGUUGAAUACAGAAGGGGCUACUGACAAAAAAUCUACUGAAGAUGCUGAGCACGAUCCCUCUCAGAGAGGAGAUGAACCAAAGAUGUUUGAUUCUUCAGUUUUGGUCAUGAAAGUGUUGUUAAGCCCCAAACUUGACCGAUGCAAUAGCCUGCCAGAGGUAUCUCCUGUAUAUGGACGUAAGCUCAGUGCAUCAGCGCAAGGUCUUCUGGAUUGUUUGGCAAAUCUUCAGUUGUUAGACUUUGGUCCUAGUGAUGAAGAUGGGAAAAAAGAAAAAUACCAGGAGCUCAUGAGCAUGCUCAAGUCUCUUUGGCUUUGUGACCCAAAAGACAGUAAGAACACCUCUGGGGAAAGAAACAAGCAUUUGGAUGAGGAAUUCAAAGCCAGAUCAUCCUCAGGGGUAGAUGUUAACAGUGGCUCAACAGGUUCAGGGAAAAGUAGUGUCAAUGAUGGCACCCAAGCCCAAAUCAACACCGAAUGUGAAGUCCUGGAAACCCUGACAAAGGUACAGGAAGUUGAUGAAACAGUUGAACGGGAAGUUUUAGAAACGCCAGGAUCAAAACAAGAUUCAGCCACUCCAGAUAUAGCAAAUCACGCUCAGUUAACCCCAGAGACAACAGACACAGUUGAAGAGAAGCUAAAAGAUGAUGUUCCAGGCUCUGAAGAGACGAUCAGGAGUAAUGAUAGUCCAAGGGAACUUAUUGAAACACCUCUUUCCUCAAACAAGAGUUCUGGGAAUAAUCCCAAAAAAGAGGAAACUGAAUCAGACCGUCAAGAGGACACAAGUUCAGGCAGUGCUCCAAAACAACAAAGAGGUCAAUUAUCAAAAAGGCUUUCUCAAGACCCAGAUCCUGUAUGGGUUCUGAAUUUAUUGAACAAAUUAGAAAAGCAAUUCAUGACACAUUACGUUAAUGCAAUGGCUGAGUUCAAAGUCCGUUGGAAUCUGGAUGACAAUGAGCAACUUGAUGCCAUGAUAUGCGAAUUGCAAGAUGAAGUCCGCAGACGGAUACAAUCGAGUAUAGACAGGGAGCUAAGGAAAAUCCAAGGCAGAGCUGGCAGACCAAGACCACCAAAAGACACAAUGUCACGUGAAUCUACCAUUCAAACUGAGCAAAGGCGAAGACGUCUGAAAGGGAUGCGCAAUCAGUCAAUUGAUCCGCAGCCUGCUAAAAGUGAUGAUGAUUAUACAAUGACAGGGACCGAUUUUAGCGAUCAACGUAGCGAUGAUGAAUAUUGUCCUUGUGAUGCAUGCUUAAAAAAGAAAAUGGCGUCCAAGCAUGUGUUACCUGUGGAAAUGCUGAACUCAGCCCCUGUGAUGAUGGACUUUGAUUUAAGACGGAUUCUCCAGAUGAAGAAAUCCUCUCCAAACAAUGACAAAAUUGAGGAGACUGCUAAUGAACAAGCAAGUGAGAUGGAAGGAGAAAAUGCAGGGCUUGAGGCUGUCAAAGAGGAGGAUGAGAAAGAAGGGGCAAAUAAAGAAAUCCUUUCUUCCAGUGCUCAAAUUGAAGAUGAAAAACAAGAAUGUGAGGAGGGUGAAGAGGAAGACAGUGCCCCUAGUUCUUAUGUAGAUGAUAGCUCUGAGAAGCAAUUAAAUACACCCAGACAUUUAAAGAAAGAUGUGGAUGAAAUUGCGGAGAAGUCUGUUAACACAAUGACUCUGCAACAAGAUGAAGAACAAGAAGAGACUGAGUCUGAUAUAAUGGCUGUCAAAGAAAGUUCAAGCAGUUGUAAAAUAAAUGAAUUAGAUGAAGACGUGGCAAAUGAUGACAUUAGUGAAUUUGAUGACAUAAUGCAAACUGAAGCAGCAAAGGAGGAAGCAUCUGAAGAAAAGCAGGACAAGACAGCUGAUGAUGAAACUGCUGAAGAUGGGCAAAAGGCAAGAACAGAAUCUGUUGAAGACGACGAGAACCCUGUUGAAGCAGCAGCUACUGAAGACACUGACAUGGCUGGUUGUGACACUGCCGACGAAGGUGAGACAGCUGACGGUGAGACAGAAGAAGAUGGACAAUUGGUUGAAGCUAAAACUUCACAAGAUGGUGAGACAGCAGAAGAGGGAGAUGAAACUGGAGAACAAUGUGAGAAAGGUAAUGACGAGACUACAGAAGUGGAUGAGGCAGCUCAAAGUGAAACUGCAGAAGAGGGACAAACUGCUGAAGAUGAAACUGGAGAAGAAGGUGAGACAGUUAAUGAUGAGACUACAGAAGUGGAUGAGGCAGCUCAAAGUGAAACUGCAGAAGAGGGACAAACUGCUGAAGAUGAAACUGGAGAAGAAGGUGAGACAGUUAAUGAUGAGACUACAGAAGUGGAUGAGGCAGCUCAAAGUGAAACUGCAGAAGAGGGACAAACUGCUGAAGAUGAAACUGGAGAAGAAGGUGAGACAGUUAAUGAUGAGACUACAGAAGUGGAGGAGGCAGCUCAAAGUGAAACUGCAGAAGAGGGACAAACUGCUGAAGAUGAAACUGGAGAAGAAGGUGAGAGAGUUAAUGAUGAGACUACAGAAGUGGAGGAGGCAGCUCAAAGUGAAACUGCAGAAGAGGGACAAACUGCUGAAGAUGAAACUGGAGAAGAAGGUGAGAGAGUUAAUGAUGAGACUACAGAAGUGGAGGAGGCAGCUCAAAGUGAAUCUUGCGAAGAGGAACAAACAGCUGAAGAGGAAACUGGAGAAGAAGGUGAGACAGUUAAUAAUGAGACUGCAGAAGAGCAUGAGACAGCUAAAAGUGAAACUGCUGAAGAUGAAACUGGGGAAGAAGGUGAGACUGUUAAAGAAGACAUUGCAGAAGAGCAUGAGAUGGCAGAAUGUGAAACUGCAGAAGAUGGACAAACUGCCAAAGAUGAAACCGGAGGCGAAGAGACAGUUAAUGAAGACACUUCAGUAGUGGAGGAGACGGCUCAAAGUGAUACUUCAGAAGAGGGACAAACAGCUGAAGAUGAAAAUGGAGAAGCACAUGCAACAGUUAAUGAAGAUAGUCCAGAAGAACAUGACACAGCUGAAAAUCAAAUAGCAGAAGAUGGACAAACUGCUGAAUGUGAAAUUGAAGAAGAAGGUGAGACAGGUAAUGAAGACACUGCAGAAGAGCUUGAGACAGCUGAAAGUGAAACUGCAGAAGAUGGACAAACUGAAGAUGAAACUGGAGAAGAAGUUGAGACAAUAAACAACAACAGUACAGAAGAGCAUGAGACAGCUGGAAAUGGAGAAACUGAUGAAGAUAAAACUGCAGAAGAUGGACAAACUGCUGAAGCAGAAACUGCUGGAGAGGAUGAUAUAAGUGGAGAUGAAACUGCAGAGGAGGUUGACGCAUCAGCUAAAAAUGAAUCUAUAGAAGAAGGAGAAACUGCUGAUGCUGAAACUAAGAGCAAUACAGGUGAUGAUGAAACUGCAGAAAAGAGUGAGACAGCUGAUAACACCGUAGAAGAGCAUGAGACAGCUGAGAGUGAAUCUGUAGAAGAUGUGCAAGCUGAAAGUGCAAGAGAGAGAGAUUCAGAUGAGGAAGAUACCUCAAAAGAAAGUGAGACAGCAGUGGAUGAAAUGGCAGAAAAUGGCAAAAAUGCUGAAGCAAAAGGUGAGACCGAUGGUGAUGAACCAGCAGAAGAUGAGCAGAAUGCUGAAGCUGAUGCAGAUGAGGAAGAUACAGCUAAUAAUGAAGCUGUAGAUGAUGAGCAAACUGCUGAAGAGAGUGAGACAGCUGAAGAUGAAACAGAAGCAGAGAGAGAUGCUGCGGAAGGGACAUCAGUUGAAGUAAGAGGAACUGAUGUACAAAGAGCAGAUGAAGAUGAAGACAACACAGAUGAUGCAGAAACUGCAGGAGGUGUGUCAACUGAGGAAAAAGAGACUUCUGAAGCCGAAACAGCAGAUAAAAGGACCACUGAAGCUGAAACUGAGUCAUCUGAGGAAAAAGCUACUGUUGAAGAUAGCAAUAUGACUGAAGACGAGAAUGCUGUGGUAGAGCUGACAAAGCAAAAUCAUGAGACAACUGGAGAAGAGACAGACAAGAGUCAGUCAAACGAUGAGGAAGACAAGGAAACUGUCAGCUGUGAAGCAGCAGAGGAAGAUGUUCUUUCCAAUACUGAGGAGGUAAUUGAAGAUGAAACACCCCUUAAGAACAAUGGGGAUAUUGUUCUACAUAGUGUUGAUGAUAAAGGUGAAGAAAGUGGUAAAGAAGAUGAGGAUGUGGAGGUAAUGGUAAACAAAGUUGGUUAUGUGGCCAACACUGGUGAAUCAGCUGAAGCUGGCGAUGAAGCUGAGGAUGAUACAGAGCCAGAUGUGGAGACAGAUGAAGGGGAGCAUAAGAGGAACACUCUGCCUUUACAGCCUCUGUUACAGCCAAAACCAAAAGAUGACCAAACAAAUGGGCCAACCUCAUUUAAUGUUUUGGUAAAGCACAACUCAGAGCUCGAAGAUGGUGCAGAUGCUGAUGUAGAAGACUCAGAAACAGAAGAGCCCAACCAAGACAUAGAUUUGAGUUCUGAGUCAGAGAGCAAGCCAAAGAGGAAAACUGCACAUAAAACUUUCAAGAUGCUCAUUCACACUCUGAAUUUCCUCAAACUCUCAGCCGCUGGACUACCAAAGAGAAUGGAAGAGGAUAAUGAACAUGAGGUUGAAGAUGAAGAAACUCCAGAGGACGGCAGUUAUGAUGCAGAAGAGAGUUCCUGUGUGGAGAAAGAAGAGGUGGAAGAGAAUGGAAAGGAGAAGGGCAAACUCUCAGACAUUACAGAGGACACAGCAGAAGGUGAGGAGGACCAGACAAAUGAGACUAGUGAUGAUUCAGAGGAUCAUGUAUGGGAAUCGUCUGAAAAAUCCUUGCAAAAGCAGAUAACAAAGUCAUCCAUAGAAUCUCAGCCAGGUUCCUUUGAGGAAGUUCAUGAGGAACAGGCAAAAAAUCUUAAAGGUUUAAAUCAUCUGAAAGCAAACUAGUAUUUCUUCAACAUGAAAGAAAAGAACCAAAAAUGCUUUUUAGCAUUCAAAAAUGGUUCCUGACAGGGUAUUAUUUCUCUAUUAUCCCUAGACUUUAUAAUAAUCAUCAUACAUUUUUAAUAGUCAUUUGGGUUCCUUAUUUUAUUUUACCAAAGAGUAACAUAUAAUGCACUUUACUUAUUAUUCACUUAUGAUUCUAUAUAUAUGCAAAAGCACAGCAUUACUGCUCAGAUACUGUAAAAAGGGAACUGCUUAAACUUGAACAGCACAUAAACCUCUUCUAACUUGAUGGAAAAUUGUUUAGAAUUGUGGUAUAUUUUCAAACAACAUAUUUAAUUGCAGUUACUUAUAUAAUUAACUCAAUUGUAAGCCUUAGCAAUUGGAGGGACUGUUGACGAUAAUAAUGUAUCAUAGUUAUUGUAUCAUACUGUAUAUGUGUGUGCUGCUAUGCAAAUGGUCCACAGUGUAAAUGAAAAGUCACACAUCAUAGUGAUAUGUAAUGGAAAUCAGGGAGCAUAAACUGUUUGUGAGUGCACGAGAAUGAAUGUAUAUUGAAUAUAUUUGAGCACAUUGUAGCAAUAUGAACUAGUUAUCUAAUUUACUUGUAGGCUACUUGUGGGAGAGCAUACCUUUAGAACAUUUUUAAAAACAUUGUUAUCCCUGCAAAAACACAUAAGAGAUGUCCAUUGCAUCUGACUUGGUCAGAAUAUGUACAUUAAUGCUUAUUUUUAAAGUGCACUGAAUGCAGUUGCAUAGGCAUGAUAUCACCAGUAACCACCAAUAUACAGCAUAUUGUGUAUUAUAAGAAUUGAGGUGCACACAUGAAUCCAUGCCUUAGAUGUUUUGCCACAUAAAAGACUGUACAUCUAAUGGACUAUAUUGGACUAAAACGCUAAUAUGAAGUGAUGCAGAUGCAAAUGUGGUUCCUUCAUUGCAGUUUCUUUUCUGCUGGUCAAACGCUUAAUGGUUAACUUAAAUACUAUCAAUUCCUUGUUACUUGAAUGUACUA